AGUGGUCUCUUUGAAGAAACAUUUCAAAUGGGUUGAGUUUUAUUCAAGAACUUCUCUUUUCUUGAAAAGGGUGUCAAGAAAAUUUUCAAAAAAUCAAUUUUUCUUUUUGGUUAGUUGUGUUCUUACAGUAUGAAGACUUUUGGGUUCUCUGUUUUGUUCUUGGUGAUGGGGAUUACAGCUUUUUUGUCCUUUAUUUGCUUCAGUACUGGAGGAAUGUCCUUCAAAUGGCAAAAUAACGAUAUGACGAUGACCAUUAAGAGCAGAAAGCUGCAGGACAAUGGCUACGGUCCAAGCAUCAAUGAGGGUGAUUCAAGCAACUUUGGUCUGGAAGAUUAUCGUCCCAUAGAUCCAGUUCCUAGCUCAAAAGCUUCUGUAAGACCAGGACCUGUUGAGCAUGGUACUCCUCUUAUGCCUUAUAUUCCUAAGCCUUCACCUCCUCCUAUUAGCACCAAUGAUGGGCUCCCAUAAGCUCAUCGUUAGUCCACUUCCACCGCUGUGCUAAAGUUGGGCAAAUGUAGUUUUUCUUAUGGUAGUAGCUUCAUAAAAGCCAUGUCUUUACUAAUUUUGUGUUUUUCUUGUAAACAUUUUGUCGAAACACUGUGUAUUACCUUGGCAUGUAACUUAUAGUAUGCCUCUAGCUAGGCGAUACUUGCACAAGUAAUCAGUUAUUUAUGUAGUUGAAUUACAUAA